UGGCUGAUAAACCAUAGGCAGCGCCCACGACCGACGACGCUCCAAGGUGGGCAAAUUACACAAAAGGCCGCACGAUUUCAUGGCCCCUCGCAGCAGUCUGCCGAUCGCCUAUCCAAGCCUUUCAAGUGCCCUGGAACAGCAACGGCAACAAUCACAUCGGACCGACCCAGCAGAAAGCGACGUAAGGUCGAUUAUACCGGUGCCGACGGGGCCGCAGAAGAUGAUGUCAACAAGCCGUGGACCAACGAGGACAGACUUGCACUAGCGAAUCGCGAUGUCAACAAAUUCGGUGUCUUCAAGGUCAAGGAUAAGGAUUCAACGUUCAAACAGCGAUUCUCCGUACCCUUGAUCAAUAAGGCUGCCGGUGGUUAUGAUGCUGCUCGACCAGCGCCAACACUUGGAAUGAGAAGGGGGGCUACCUUCGUCGUCAAGCCUCUCCAUGACCCGAGCGGAGAAUUUGCAAUAGUGUUGUAUGACCCUACUGUUGAUGACAAGCCGGCCAAAAAGAAAGAAGAAGCCGAGAACCCCGAAGAGGUGCCACCCAAGUUGGAUGAGCCUUUAGUGCAUAAAAGUCUAGCGGAUAUCCUCGGUCUUAAGAAAGUCGUUGAAGAUCGCCCCAAGGUCCCGGUGGUCAUCGACCCCAAGCUGGCGAAGAUUUUGCGACCGCAUCAGAUAGAGGGUGUCAAGUUCCUUUAUCGCUGUGCAACCGGCAUGAUUGAUGAAAACGCGAAUGGAAGUAUUAUGGCGGAUGAAAUGGGUCUGGGGAAAACGUUACAAUGCAUCGCUUUGAUGUGGACUCUACUGAAACAGUCACCCGAAGCUGGCAAAACUACAGUGCAGAAAUGCAUAAUUGCUUGCCCGUCGACUCUAGUCCGUAACUGGGCUAAUGAACUAGUGAAAUGGCUGGGGCCUGAUGCCAUUACGCCUUUUGUGAUUGAUGGUAAGGCUUCCAAAGCUGAACUAUCUAGCCAACUCAAGCAAUGGGCUAUCGCCUCCGGUCGCGCAGUCGUACGCCCUGUCCUCAUCGUGUCUUAUGAGACUCUCCGAUUGAACGUUGAAGAUCUUAAAGACACACCUAUAGGCCUGCUGCUAUGUGAUGAGGGCCAUCGUUUGAAGAAUAAAGAAAGCCUUACCUGGAAGGAACUGAACAACCUAAAUGUCACUCGCCGUGUCAUUUUGUCUGGUACACCAAUUCAAAACGAUCUCUCGGAGUAUUUUGCUUUGGUUCAUUUUGCGAAUCCAAACUUGCUUGGAACACAGAACGAAUUUAGGAAGAAAUUUGAAAUUCCAAUUUUGAGGGGCAGAGAUGCCGCAGCCACAGACGAAGCCCGAAAGAAAGGCGAUGAACGCUUGGCAGAGUUAUCUGCGAUUGUGAACAAGUUCAUUAUCCGGCGCACGAACGACAUUCUCUCGAAAUACUUGCCGAUGAAGUACGAACACGUCGUGUUUUGCAACUUGAGCGAGUUUCAGUUGAGUUUGUAUAAUCAUUUCUUGCAAAGUCCCGAUAUUCGCAGCCUUCUCAGAGGCAAAGGAAGCCAACCGCUCAAGGCUAUCGGGCUUUUGAAAAAGCUCUGCAAUCACCCAGAUCUGUUGAAUCUGUCCCAAGACUUGCCCGGUAGCGAACAGUUCCUCCCUGAAGAUUAUGUACCUCCAGAAGCUCGAGGGCGCGACAGAGAUAUCAAGACUUGGUACUCUGGGAAGAUGAUGGUCCUUGACCGUAUGUUGGCACGGAUACGGCAAGACACAAACGACAAAAUUGUCCUGAUCAGUAAUUACACACAGACGCUUGAUUUAUUCGAUAAACUAUGCCGAGCUCGAGGCUAUGGUUCUUUACGAUUGGACGGGACGAUGAACGUCAAUAAGCGACAAAAGUUGGUAGAUAGAUUUAAUGACCCGAACGGUGAAGAGUUUGUCUUUUUGCUAAGUAGCAAGGCUGGCGGCUGUGGUAUCAACUUGAUUGGAGCAAAUAGAUUGGUUCUUUUUGAUCCUGAUUGGAAUCCCGCAGCCGAUCAACAGGCCCUAGCUCGUGUUUGGCGUGACGGUCAGAAGAAGGAUUGUUUUGUUUACAGGUUUAUUGCAACCGGAUCGAUCGAAGAGAAGAUCUUCCAACGUCAAUCCCACAAACAGUCGCUGUCUUCUUGUGUCGUUGACUCUGCAGAGGACGUUGAACGCCACUUCUCCUUGGAUUCUCUUCGAGAACUCUUUCAGUUCAAGCCCGACACUCGCAGUGAUACUCACGACACCUUUAAGUGCAAAAGGUGCAAGCCAGACGGAACUCAACAUAUCAAAGCACCCGCCAUACUUUAUGGUGACACCAGCACUUGGAAUCAUUUUGUUAAUGACGGCGAAAAAGGACACUUGAACAAAAUUCAAGACUUGCUUCUGAGGCAGGAGACUACAGAGAAGGAUGUCUCUGCCGUCUUUCAGUUUAUCAGCAGUUGA